AAAAUGCGUAAAGAUCGUCGUUAUCAAACUCAAUUAAAUGCAAAUAAACGAUGGUUAUUUCGAUCAAUGGAAACACUUGAUGGAUGGAAAGAAAAAGUAUUUUCACAAAAAAAUCGUACAACUAAUUCUAGUCAGUCACGAUCACGUAGUGUAGAAAAUUUAGCUGAUAAACGAACAGCUGAAAAUAUAUUAAUAAAUCAUCGUCCAUCAAUAAUAAAACAACAACAACAACAACAACAACGUACGACAUCACCCAAUCGAAAUAUCGAAACGAUUACAAGUCAUGCAAUCAAUAAUAUUGGUAUUCAACGAAAACCGACAAAUUCAAUACCUAAUGUUACACGAAAUCCAGCAUUAACUAUUAAAAAACAAUCAUUAUUAAAUCAUUUAUCUAAUGAUCAUAAUAAUCUAUCACAACAAUAUAAUAAUAAUGAAACAAAUCCUUCAGCUAUUCUUGAUUUUCGUGAAAUAUCUUCUACUGGAUUUUUACAUUCAAAAACAAGAUUAAAUGAUGAUAAUGAAAAUAUUUCAUUAACACCAUCAGAAAAUAUUCUUAAUAGUAUGAAUAUAAGUGAUGAUGAAAAUGAUGAAAUUACAAGUAAUUUAUCAUUUUUAACUAAUGCUUAUGAUCAUAUUAAUGAUAGUAAUAAUGAAACAUCUGAUCCAUGGGAUUUUAGUAUAACAUGGAUUGAUUCACUUAAAGAACAAAAUUCACCUCAACGUAAAAUUCAAUUUUAUGAAAAUUUAAUCAAAUUACUUGAACAAGAUACAUUAAAUAUUGAUGAAUUACUUGUUUUACGUAAAAUACUUGCAAAAAUUUGGCCUACAAAUGAUAUUAAAACAACAGAUUCUAAUAAUCAAAUAUUUUCUAUUGAAUCAAAAACACAUGCUACAAAAUCACUUCAUAAUCCAAAUAAAAUUAAACAACGUCCUAAAUUAUCUACAAUGACACAUCAUACAGCUCAACGAUGUUCAACUAUUCUCGAACAAUCACAAUUGAUUUAUGAAUCAUUACAUGAACAAAAUAGUGGUCAUACAAGUAAACCAUCAUCUUUAUUACUCGGUGCCAAAGCCAAACCAUGUUUUAUUGAAAAUACUAAUGAGUCAGUAUCAAAUCAAAAAGAAAGUUCUAAUAUCGAACAAAAUUAUCCUCAACAUCUAAAUCCAUUCAAUGAUGAAACAGAUAUUACACCAUCAAAUGAAUCUGAUCGUAAUAAUAAUAAUGAUUCAAUUCGUCGUUAUUUUGAACGACUUACACUUCUUGAAACUAUUUAUGAAAAAUUAAAUCUUGAAUCAAAUAAAAUACCAUUAGGAUCAACUAAUCAUAAUCACCAACAACAAAUUUCAACACAAGAAAAUACCAAUGAAUUAUCACCAUCAUCUUCACAAAAAAAUCGUUCUGUUGAAAAACAAAUACAAACAAAAGAUGAAAUUAAAAAUCAUUCACAUAUACAUUCAUCAAAUAAAUCAGACACAAAUAAAACAAUUUUGAAUAAAUUCGUUGAAAUGAAUGUUGAUGGAAAUGGUAGUGUUAGUAGUGGAAAAAGUUCAAUUAAAAGACGAGCACCAACUGCUCCACACAUAUCAUUAAAUGACAAAAAAAAUCAGCAUCAUCCAAAUAAUUCCAAUAUGUUUACUUUAUCAUCUGUUGAUGUUAAUUUAACACAUAAAACUGAUCAAGAUAUAAAUAAAUCUACACGAUUUAAAUCAUAUGAUGAAAAAUUUUCAAAACAAGAAAUUAAUUCAAAAGAAAGAAUAUCACAAGAUACAGCGGCUUCAUGUGAUGAUAAUGGACAUAUUUUUGUUUAUGAUUGUAAUUCAAAUCAAACUCAUAAUCAUAACAAUCAAGAACAAUCGACUAUAUUACCACGAAAAACUGAACGUAUUCAACAAUGGUUAUCAUCAUGUGAAACAAAAGAAGAAUUAGAUAUGCAAAAAAAUUUAUUAAUAUUAUCAAAAAAUACUAGUCCAAAAUCUCAAUUAAAAAUGCGUUGUAGUAUAAAACCAAUACGACAACAAAGUUCAUCACCAAAACAUAAUCAUGAUAAAAAUCUUUCAACAAAAAUUAAUAAUGAUGAAUUCAUUGAACCAGGCCGUUUUCGAAGUUGUUUAAAAAUUCAACUUGAAAAAAAUGAAUCUACAACAAAUUAUCGAAGUCGAGCAUCAUCAGCUACAUCAAAAUAUAAUCAACAACAAAAACCAAUUCCUGAUGAAAAUUUAAAUGUUACAGAUGAUGAUGAUGAUAAAUAUUUCGAACAAAAUAAAUUAUCACCUAGUUUUCAAUAUGAUCAUCAAGCUGUAUAUCUUUAA